GCUGCCCGUAUUGUACGGAUGCACAAACACACGUAUCCAUAUAUAGGAGCAUUUAUUAAAUCCCAACUCCAGGAUCCACUGUCGCUUCAGGCGCCCCUCAUAGUUGCUACAGCUCUGAGCAAGGGACAAAUAAGCGAAGGGUGGGAACUGAAUGUGGUCACCGCCCCUGCUCUUGCAGUUUUCAAACAGGUCCGUCACAUUACUAUAAAACUCCUAAGUGGCGCUGUGGAGAUCACUUCGCUGCGGGUGUGAUCGCUGUACUUUCGGGAUGUCUGGGCGUGGUAAAGGUGGAAAGGGGCUGGGGAAGGGUGGCGCCAAGCGCCACCGCAAAGUUCUGCGAGAUAACAUCCAGGGCAUCACUAAGCCUGCUAUCCGUCGCUUAGCCCGACGUGGUGGCGUCAAGCGUAUCUCCGGUCUUAUCUACGAGGAGACCCGUGGGGUGUUGAAAGUGUUUUUGGAGAACGUGAUCCGGGACGCUGUAACCUACACCGAGCACGCCAAGCGCAAGACUGUCACCGCCAUGGACGUGGUCUACGCGCUCAAGCGGCAGGGCCGUGACUCACCCCCAGUCAGACACUUGGUAAAUGGCAGAGCUGUCAUGGCUCGCACCAAGCAGACCGCUCGCAAGUCCACCGGCGGCAAGGCGCCGCGCAAACAGCUGGCCACUAAGGCGGCCCGGAAGAGCGCGCCGGCCACGGGCGGCGUGAAGAAGCCGCACCGCUACCGGCCCGGCACGGUGGCCCUGCGCGAAAUCCGCCGCUACCAGAAGUCCACGGAGCUGCUGAUUCGCAAGCUACCGUUCCAGCGCCUGGUGCGCGAGAUCGCGCAGGACUUUAAGACCGACCUGCGUUUCCAGAGCUCGGCCGUGAUGGCGCUGCAGGAGGCGUGUGAGGCCUAUCUGGUGGGGCUCUUCGAGGACACCAACCUGUGUGCUAUCCAUGCUAAGCGCACAAUCAUGUCUGGACGCGGCAAAGGCGGCAAGGGUCUGGGUAAGGGAGGCGCUAAACGCCACCGCAAGGUUCUGCGCGACAACAUCCAGGGCAUUACCAAACCAGCUAUCCGUCGCCUGGCUCGGCGUGGCGGUGUGAAGCGCAUCUCCGGCCUCAUCUACGAAGAGACCCGCGGGGUGUUGAAGGUAUUCCUGGAGAACGUGAUCCGGGACGCCGUCACCUACACCGAGCACGCCAAGCGCAAGACUGUCACUGCCAUGGACGUGGUCUACGCGCUCAAGCGCCAGGGACGCACUCUCUAUGGCUUCGGUGGCUAAAGGCUCAUUCUAUACAUUUUUUUUUAAAGGCCCUUUUCAGGGCCGCCCACCUCCGCUCAGGAAGAGCUGUAUGCGACUUCCGUGUUCAAAACGUAUCUGUUGGAAAAAAAAGUGGUUCUGUUUUAAGGUUAACGUGGCCUUAUCUACAGGCCAAACUGUUCGCUUUCACUGCCGGUCUCCAUCAGCCAAUCUUUGGGCACCUGCUAAGAGUAGGGGUACCUUCGCCUAAUCAGGCCGCAAGUGCUCGCUUGUGGGUGGGGCUAUACUGGACUAAGGAAAGCUAAUGAGAGGGGUUUGAAAGUCUCGGUAACCGCAAUGAAGGACUUAUGGCCCGGCGUUCCCGGCUUUUUCUAGUGGGAGGGAUCCUGCCUACCCCACAUCGUCUGUAAAAGGAGCGACAACUGCCAGCCGGAGUUUCGUCGAGGAGGCAGUUUCUUGGGAAGCGGGCAUUACUGAAUCGCCCGCCGCCGAUCUUGUUUUUGGUCCUGGGAGGGACCAGUAGAUAUUUGUACAAAUUGCCAGAACCUGCGAGGGUGCUGCUUCGCUCACAAGAAGUCAGAAGCCGGAUCAAUUAAAAUACAUUGCGAGCAAGACGCCAGCUGGUAGUUCCUAGUGUAUUUGCCUUUAGCAAUGUCAGGAAAGAUCUGCCUUCUAUGAUCUCUCCAUUCCCAGCACCUCCCCGUCCUCCGCUGCGUCGCGCCCCAGACCUUGGCCUCAGGUACCUCUAGACUUUGAGCCAGGCAUCAUGCUGAGUGUCGUCACCCCCCGUAAAGCCAGUGAUCUCGGGUUUAAAAAUGCCUCGGCAUUGCUGAUUUUUCAUCCUCAGGCUGGGGGCCCUCCCUAAGCCUCUAGCUAAGCAGAGUUUGUAAAUUCCCGUUUACUAGACUAAGGGAGUCUUCUGAACCCCUAGGCCUCUGUCAGGGCCUUUGAGCUUGUAAGGGAGAAGCUCCCUCCUUUGUGGUUAAGUGGCUCUCUUGCACCUUCACCUUCCUUCCAGCUCAUCUCUUUCCUCUGU